CGUCUGGAUUUAUAAACCAGUGAUCAGAAAAUCUGCAGUCCUCAGUCUGCGUUUUGCUGGCUAGUUGUCGCGACUUUAUCGUGUUUCACGCCACUUUAAUUUAGUUUUGCCCUUUAUUGCUUCAGCUAGAAGUUUUUAGUUUUCCCCGCCAUAAAGGGCAUCAUCACCAUGAGAACAACAACCUCCCUCUGGUUCUUCCUCAUACUACUGCUCGGGUUCUUGUCAUUUGCGGAAUGUGGAUUCGGCGGUGGAUGGGGUAACGGUGGAUGGGGCGGAGGAUGGGGCGGAUGGGGCGGCGGAUGGGGAGGUGGAUGGGGCGGAUGGGGAGGUUGGGGCGGACCUGGUUGGGGAGGAUGGGGCGGUGAUGGCUGGGGCGGAUGGGGUGGAUCCGGAUGGGGUUGGGGAGGCGGAUGGAAGAAGUGAUCGCCUGAUUUUCCUCCAGUUUGUUGACCCCGGUUGCAGCAUUUUUACGGUGUCCAUUCCUCAUCGCCUGGGUCUUGUCAGUCCAUUCCGCAUCGCGCCCUGGAUCAUGUGUCAUUGUCAUUUCUCGCUGUCCUGUGAUCAUAUACCAUUGACCUGUGCUCAUAUUCAACGAAGUUUAAAGACUGUACGUGUGCGACUGUUUUGUCGGUUUUUAUUUGUGAUAUGUUUUGUAUUUAUUGCGAAUGUUCGAAUUGUGACUGAAAAUUAAUAAAAUGACUGUGCGAUAAGCA